AUGCGCAGCAAGAAGAGCAGCAGGAGAAGUAGCAUCAAGAAAGAGGAGCAGCAAGAAGAGGUGCAGGAAGAGGAGCAGGAGGGGCAGCAGCUGGAGGAGCAGCAAGAGAUCAAGGAGAGGGGGCGCAGCAAGAAGAGCAGCAGGAAAGAGGAGCAGCAAGAAGAGGAGCAGGAGGGGCAGCAGGAAGAGGAGGAACAGCAGGAAAAAGAGCAGCAGGAGGAGGAGCAGGAGGAAGAAGAGCAGCAAGAGGAAAAGCAGCAAGAAGAGGAGCAGCAAGAGGAGGAGGAGCAGCAGCAGGAGGAGGAGGAGCAAGAGAAAAAGCAGCAGGAAGAGGAGCAGAAAGAGGAGGGGCAGCAAGAGGAGAAGCAAGAGGAGGAGCAAGAAGAGGAGAAGCAGGAGGUGAAGCAAGAAAAGGAGGAGCAGUAG